UGGAGAUUAGAGCCUGACAUUUCGCCAACAAUCUAACUAACACAUAAUCACAGUGGCGUCUCUGACCUUUGAAGCUCUUGGUUGUUUCGCCUUCCAAGGAAGAGAUUCCUUCAAAAGAGACUGAACUUGGCUUGUAGUUGGCAGUCGGCCAGCUGCAAACUUGUUUGUCGACGGGCAGAUAAUAGUUAGUUAGUUGGAGAAGCGCAGGAUCAUACUUUCUUCCUGCCAGGAUGGAGCCAGACAAGGGGAAAACGCAAGAUGGCUUUGCCGACCAAUGCGUGGGAGUUUUAUCAGAUGAUGCCACUGCCGUUACAGGAAAUCAGCAUUCGGGAGGGCUAAGUGCAUUCAACAGCGAUGCAUAUGAUACCAAUCUAGAUGGGUAUGCCGUGUUGCCGGAACCAACACCUCAAGAUGCACAUGUUCCUGCCCCAAUCUCUACAACCAACUCCGAGACGGCGGCAAAACCACCGGUGGAUACUGCACCCAACAACUUGGAGACCAUGAAAUCGUCGCCAUCCUCAUUUGCUCAGCUCGUCAAAUCAUGGGAAACGUAUAUUGCAGAUGCCCAAAAUACGGAUGCCUUUCAACCAAUGCAAAUGUUGCAGAGUAUCCGUACCGGCAUGUGUGGUACAGGACACGAAAUGCAUCGCUUGACAUUGGCCCCGUCAACAGAGCUUGCUGGAUAUGCUGCUUCUGAGGGGCAGGAUCCCUUUGAACCUAUUAUUCUCAGGCACACUCAUUCCACACCCCUUCAGUACAGGCCGUCGUUUUUCACAGACUAUGAUGGCAGCAGUGGGAUGCCACCACCCUCUCAGUUGGAUGCUACUCGACGAUCCAGUUCCACGCCUUCGCGAGGCUCUGCUUUCCAACAAUUUCGUUCGGACAGCGCUUAUGGAGCCUACAUACGGUCGGGAUCAAACUUUAGUGGUUCGGAUGGACGAAGUGCCUUUGGCUUUCCGCUAAACAGAUCCAUGUAUAGCGGCGUUAGUACAGAAUCCAACCUCAGGACGAGCUCUGCUUUCAACCCAGUCCCUUCUUCCUUGUCAACCACCCAAGAGGAUUCUCCACAAGGAGAGGCUACAGCCAUUGAAGUCAUGGAUCUAGGUACAUGUAGAGCGGAGGCGGAUGACUCGGCUAAUAGUGGUGAGGAGUCGGGUGAAAUUGAGGUGCAAAUCAAUACGAAGAUUGAGGACAACACUGAUCAGACAAAGCCAAAGAAGAGCGCUGCUGCAAGGGCCGCCAGAUUCCUGUCAGAUGUUGGUGUGCUACGUCGAAAGAAAAAAGGACUACGUAGUACCAUCUCGACUGUGAUCUCGACUGACACAACGGCUGCUAACAAGAAGGCCAACGCUACUACGUUGGACGCGACCCGUGAUGAUGAAAAGGAGCAAUCCAAGGAAGCAAAUGCUAUGUCACAAGAUUCAGGCUCGAAUUCAAACAACACCAGCGAAGGUCAAAAGGAUAGUGGAUACGAUCAACCUUCAGCGCCAAUGUAUCAACAGCUUGACUCGGACGUGGACGAGGAAUACGAUCGAUAUCAGAGCAUCGAGAACUCUGGGGGUGACUCGGACGAUAGCCCCAGGACUGUCCCGUCUCCAGAUUAUCACCCAAUUGUAGAUGAUCGCUCUGUUGUGGCCUCGAACUGCCAAGGCAACAAGAAUGAGAACAGGCGUCCAGCGGUGCGCAUCCAAGUGUCGUCCAGCAUCUCGGUUAUGCCGACUUUGGCAGAAAGGAUUGAUCGACACUCAGAAAAUGCGUCUAGUCCCAAUCCUGGAGAGCUAGUGAACGAUGAUCCAUCGGCGACGCCCACAUCGAGCACUGGGUCCCCCGGAGGCGCAACCAGGUCGUCAAAUACAACGUAUACAUCUGGCCACACGACGCAAGCCACGUCAACAUCCGGUACUACCGCUAAUGGCUCUUCGCAGAUAUCAGAAACUGAUCGGGAAGUGAUGGAGACAAUCAAAGAAGGGAAAAGGAGGAGACGUCAGGAAGACGGCAAGAGUAACUCUGAUACCGGCGGCGUAACUAUCGAUUCGUCUUCUUCAGGAAGCUCGACAACAAAUGGAUACGUAGCAUUGACAGGCAGUCCAGGGCCGUUGAGAGAUGGUGCCAAUGUUGUGGCUGAUCGAUUCUUCACGAAUCCUCGGUCUACCCCAACGCAGGGAGGCGAACCAUUCUGCAGCAGCAGUAUGAGUACAUCCGCAGUAGUUGACGGUGCAGCUGGAGGCAUGAUGCAUCGCGCCAGAGUCUCGUCCUUGACUCGCAAGAGCACAAACAACGGAUCGCCCACUAGCUGUUCGCUCAACAGCAUCGAAGAGACUCCGCCAACAUUCGUCUCAUACCUGGACAGGCAAGAUGCUUCUGAUCUUACGUCUCUUCGAGAGGCAACAGAGGCGUCAUGCAGCCGUGGCGACAACGAAGAACGGGAGGAUUCACCGGCUCAAAUAGUUGGAUACCCAGCCAUGUUCCUUGGAGAUGCAAAAACCGCUGAUGGACAAGAGAAUGCAAUGUCUGUGUUCCCAAUUGUCCUACCAACGACAGAACAUCUCUACAAUAUUUUGGGCAGAUUCCGUUCCCGCCCUCCUAGGAGCCCAGCCAAGGGUUUGCGGGCAGUUACGCCAACUCCACCUCCACCACGCCUGGGGUCGCCAGUGUUUCAGCAUCAGCUUUCGCCGCCGCGCAAGAUCAUUGACCACCGAGUGGAAACCAACGUGUCCCGACCAUACGUUGUGAGAACCAAUCCGUCGACUCACAGACUGGUCGUAGUGUCUCCCGGAUCGUAUGUUCGACCGACUACACCAUUGCUCUGCAUCCCGGUGGGAAAUCCCAACUACAGUCCAAACCAGAACAGGCCACAAGCGGCGUUGCCGCUGCGACAGCCCAGCCCUUAUGGACAGGUUGGCACCGCCAGAACAUACGAGGAGCACAGUAUUGAGAUUUUGAAGAAGGAUUCAAAAGACGAGAUGAUAGGUCAGCGGUUUGCCUCUCCUGAAACCGUCGCCAGCGCUAACUGAGAGUGGAAAUCAACCAAGAAGAAUGUGACUGUUCAAACGAGUGAAACAGAGUUGAAAAUGAACGAACUCGGCUCUUUGCUUGUUCUGUUUGUUUUGUUUGCUUGAUACAAGUGUCCCUGUACUGUAUGGUUCUUUGAAGCGAGUGUCUUGCACAUUGUAAUCCAUGUAACAUAAAAGAUAAAAGGGGUUAAAAGCAAUGG